UCCGGCGGCAGGUCAAACGCACUGCACGCAGGAGCCCGAGGCAGCUGCCACGAGGCCGGCUACGCGGCGCCCAUGCACCGCGCCGGGGUGCCACUUCUCCACGCAGUCCGUCACCGACCUCGGCAUCAGCUCGGCUACAUAUGCUGCGCUCGGUGCCUUCUCCCACCAUUGCCAGCAGUGCUCUGAUCUCGUGUAGCACCAACUAUCUAGCAGCUAGUCAGUAGUUGUAGUUUGCAGUAACCGCGUAGGUCGACGCAGGCCACCAUGCCGGGGCUCACCAUCGGCGACACCAUCCCCAACCUGGAGCUGGACUCCACCCAGGGCCGGAUCCGCAUCCACGACUUCGUCGGCGACGGCUACGCCAUCAUCUUCUCCCACCCCGCCGACUUCACGCCGGUGUGCACGACGGAGAUGGCGGCGAUGGCGGGGUACGCCCAGGAGUUCGAGAAGCGCGGCGUGAAGCUGCUGGGCAUCUCCUGCGACGACGUGGCGUCCCACAAGGAGUGGAUCAAGGACAUCGAGGCCUUCAUGCCGGGGGCGAAGCUGACGUACCCGAUCAUGGCGGACCCGGACCGGCGGGCCAUCAAGGAGCUCAACAUGGUGGACCCGGACGAGAAGGACGCGCGCGGGGUGAGCCUGCCCUCCCGCACGCUCCACAUCGUGGGGCCCGACAAGGCGGUGAAGCUGAGCUUCCUGUACCCGGCGUGCACGGGGCGGAACAUGGACGAGGUGCUCCGCGCCGUCGACUCGCUGCUGACGGCCGCCACGCACAAGGGGAAGGUGGCCACCCCGGCCAACUGGAAGCCCGGCGACCGCGCCGUCAUCGGGCCCAGCGUCUCCGACGAGGAGGCCAGGAAGCUGUUCCCGGACGGCUUCGAGACCGCCGACCUGCCCUCCAAGAAGGGCUACCUCCGCUUCACCAAGGUCUAGCCGAUCGUCUAGACGACCCGUCGCCGGCGGCGUGGCGUGUCUUUUGUGUGUGUGAUCCGCCGGUGGUGCCUCAUGAUGAGGCUACUGGUGUUUGUGUGAUGGCUGGCUCUGUGUGUAUGUAUGCAUGCAUGAGUGCCGUGAUGCCACCGCCGAGCAGCGGUGGUGUCAGUAGUAAGGAGUAACUGUACCUGGAUGGACUUUGGCUGAAAUGCAACGUGUCGUGCCUGUGUA